GUGGACAUGGGUGGCAAACAGUCCACAGUUGGCGACGUCUCCGUAGGUCACUUCCCUGUGAUAGGAAGCAUUCAGGAUGCUUACAAAAGUGGAGACACCAAUAAGGCCCAAGAGCUGAUUAAACUCUCAUGUGAGGAGAACAUAUUACAAGUGGAAAAGUGCCAACUUUUGAGUAUUGCAUCAGCAUAUGGAGAUCUGCAUGCAGUGAGGUAUUUACUCAAGGAAGCAUUGGUGGGGUUACCAACGGAACCCAAUGAUGAUAAUCCGGCUGUGGUGGCGGCAUAUUUUGGACACGAGGACAUUGUGAAGGAAUUAUUGGAUUCUUUGCUCGGCCCCAGUAAUUUCCAGCGACUCCUGAACUGGAUGCUGGCCAUCUCCUGCCAGCAGGGACACUUGGCAAUAGUUAAAUUCUUAAUCCUCACGUACAAUGCUGACCCUGGGAGCUGCGCAGUAAGGAAGAAUGAGUUUCCAAUUCUUACGAGAUUGCCCCUGUAUGCAGCUAUAAAGGCAGGGAAUGAAGAUAUAGCUGUGUUUUUACUUCAGAACGGGGCUUGUUUUUGUUCUUACAUCCUGAUGGACAGUCCCGAUUCUAGCAAGCACCUUCUGAGGAAAUAUUUCAUAGAAACAGCCUUACUACCUGGUAGCGGUCCAGCAAAAACAGCACUGUCUGUGGGUUGGUCAAAUCUCAAGCUGCCUUGGGUGGAUCUGGACUGGCUGAUUGAUAUCUCAUGUCAGAUAACUGAGCUCGAUCUGUCUGCCAACUGCCUGGCCUCCCUCCCAUCCGUGAUUCCAUGGGGACUGAUAAACCUCAGGAAACUGAACCUAUCUGACAACCAGCUGACCGAACUGCCCAGCAUCCAGUCAUCCGAUGAAAUUAUAUGCACAAGGUUACUUGAGGUGGAUGUGUCCAUCAACAGGCUCUGUAUUCUCCCUUCUGGAUUCCUACAUCUCACAAAACUUCAAAAACUCAUCGCCACCAAAAAUUAUCUGGAAAAGUUAUUUGAUGAGGAAAGUGCAACUAAUUGGAUUGGAUUAAGGAAACUGCAAGAACUUGAUGUCUCUGACAACAGAUUGGUGGAUCUCCCCACACUGUUCCUUUACUGCUUCAAAUCCCUAACCAUCCUCAAUGUUUCCAGAAACAACCUGAAGGUGUUUCCAGACCCCUGGGCCUGCCCCUUGAAAUGUUGUAAAGCAUCUAGAAAUUCAUUGGAGUCCCUCCCGGACACACUGGCUGUUUUCUGGAAAAAUCACCUCAGAGAAGUGGAUUUUUCUGAGAACUCACUAAAUGAAGUUCCACAAGGACUUUUCCAACUUGAAGCACUGGUGUCACUGAAGCUUUUGGGAAAUCAGUUAGUUUCAUUGCCUUCUCAAAAUAAGUGGACUUGCAAGCAACUUAAAUCACUGGAUCUUUCUAAGAAUCAGCUUGGGAAGAGUGAGGAGGGGUUUAAAACAAAGCGGAUUUCCUUUUUUACCACAAGAAGCAGAGUGCGUGCAGGCGCGGAGGCAGGUCCCUUCUUGGAGUUUCCGGCAUUCCUGAAUGACUCUCUGGAAGUCCUUUAUCUAAAUGACAAUCAGCUAGACACCGUCCCACAAUCCAUUUGCCUUCUGAAAGGUCUAACAGAGCUUUAUUUAGGGAAUAAUCCUGGUCUCCGAGAGCUCCCUCCAGAGCUUGGACAGCUGGCUAAUCUUUGGCAGCUGGAUAUUGAGGAACUAAAUAUCAGCAACAUUCCUGCAGAGAUCAUAAAAGAGGGCCCUAAAACAAUAUUAGCAUACUUGCGGGCACAGCUGCGCAAAGCAGAGAAAUGCAAGCUGAUGAAGAUGAUUCUUGUCGGUCCUCCCCGGCAGGGAAAGUCCACACUUCUAGAGAUCUUGCAGACAGGGAAAGCGCCACAGAUGAUGCACAGUGACGCCACCAUACGGACAACAAAAUGGGAGCUUCAGAAACCAGCUGGACUCAAAGCCAAGAUUGAUUCAGUGGAAUUCAAUGUCUGGGAUAUUGGGGGCCCAGCAAGCAUGUCGACAGUCAAUCAGUGUUUCUUCACGGACAAAGCAUUGUAUGUAGUUGUAUGGAACUUGGCACUAGGGGAAGAAGCGGUUGCAAACCUUCAGUUCUGGUUGCUGAACAUUGAGGCCAAAGCCCCGAAUUCUGUCGUGUUAGUGGUAGGAACACACCUUGACCUUAUUGAAACUAAAUUUCGUGUUGAGAGGAUAGCAACUCUUAGAGCAUAUGUCCUGGCUCUUUGUCGCUCUCCUUCUGGAUCAAGAGCUACUGGCUUUCCAGAUAUCACAUUCAAGCACUUAUAUGAGCUAUCAUGUAAGACCCUAGAAGGCCUUGAUGGGCUCCGCCAGCUGAUAUUUCAAGUCACUUGCAACAUGAAGGACGUCGGCAGCUCUAUUUGCUCGCAGAUGCUUGCAGCGAGAUUGAUACCAAGAAGUUACCUUAGUCUCCAAGAAGCCGUCCUAGCAGAACAACAGAAAAGGAGUCAAAAUGACAAUGUGCAGUAUCUAACAGACAAACAAAUAGAGCACAUCGUAGAGCAAACCCCUGGAAAUGAUAUCAAAGACUAUGAGGACUUACAAGCUGCCAUCAGUUUCCUUAUAGAAACAGGAACGUUGCUGCAUUUCCCAGACACCAGCCAUGGACUGAGAAACCUCUAUUUCCUUGAUCCAGUCUGGUUAUCAGAAUGUCUUCAGAGAAUAUUUAAUAUUAAGAGCUCAAAGUCUGUUGCUAAGAACGGAUUAAUCAAAGCGGAGGAUUUCAGGAUGUUGUUAGUUGGGACAGGGUUUACUGAACAAACAGAAGAACAGUAUUUCCAGUUCCUGGCCAAGUUUGAAAUUGCACUACCAGUAGCCAAUAACAGCUACCUCCUACCUCAUCUCCUCCCAGCCAAACCAGCAUUAGAUAUCCAUGGCUUAUGCCACCAUUCCACAAACACCGUCCAAAGAGUGUUCAAGAUGAGUUUUGUCCCAGUUGGCUUUUGGCAAAGGUUCAUAGCUCGGAUGUUAAUUAGUCUUGCAGAGAUGGAUCUCCAGCUCUUUGAGAACAAGAAGAACACCAAGACCAGGAACAAAAAUGUGACCAUCUACAGCUUUACAGGCACUCAAAGAAACCGCUGCAGCACAUUCCGAGUCAAAAGAACUCAUACAGUCUACUGGCAGGAAGGUCUGUUUGUCACCUUUGAUGGAGGCUACCUCAGUGUGGAAUCUUCUGAUGUGAACUGGAAAAAGAAAAAAAGUGGUGGAAUUAAAAUCAUUUGCCAAUCAGAAGCGAGAGAUUUUUCAGCAAUGGCUUUCAUCACAGAUCAUGUCAACUCCUUGAUAGAUCAGUGGUUUCCAGCACUGACGGCCACGGAGAGUGAUGGGACUUUGCUAAUGGAACAGUAUGUCCCAUGCCACAUCUGUGCAACUUCUAGGACACAGGAGAAUGAGCCGCCUGAUAAACCGGAAGAUGAGCAGUACUUUAACAUGGAGGAUUGUGUUCUGACUGCUAUAGAACUGGAUUGUAUCACAUGUCCUAGUCAUCCUAACAUCCCAGUUCCUCUACAAGAGCUGGUCCCAGAGCUCUUCAUGACAGAUUUUCCUGCCAGACUAUUUCUGGAAAAUAGUAAACUAGAAUACAGUGAAAAUGAAAACAAUGUUCUUGGCCAGGGUGGAAGUGGAACCAUUAUAUAUCAGGCAAAAUACCAAGGAAAACCAGUGGCAGUGAAGAGAUAUCAGAUUAAGAAAUGCAAGAGUUCUCCUAAUUCGGCUACAGAUACCAUGCUGAAGCACUUGCGAGCUAUGGACGCCAUGAAGAACUUCUCAGAAUUCCGUCAGGAAGCCAGCAUGCUCCACUCCUUGCAACACCCCUGCAUCGUUUCCUUGAUUGGGAUUAGCAUCCAUCCUCUCUGCUUUGCCUUAGAGUUGGCCCCCUUGGGCAGCCUCACGACUGUGUUAUCUGGAAAGUCCAAAGGGGCUUCCUUUGUGCCACUGGGGCAUAUGCUGACCCAGAAAAUAGCAUAUCAGAUUGCAACGGGCCUUGCCUACCUGCAUAAGAAGAACAUCAUAUUCUGUGACCUAAAGUCAGACAAUAUUUUAGUGUGGUCCCUGGACAUUAAAGAGCAUGUCAACAUCAAACUGUCUGACUAUGGGAUUUCUCGGCAGUCAUUCCAUGAAGGAGCUCUUGGAGUGGAAGGCACUCCUGGAUACCAAGCCCCAGAGAUUAGGCCUCGAAUAGUCUACGAUGAAAAGGUGGACAUGUUCUCCUAUGGAAUGGUCCUAUAUGAACUAUUGUCUGGACAGCGGCCUGUGCUCGGACAACAUCAGCUUCAGAUUGCGAAGAAGCUGUCUAAAGGGAUCCGGCCCAUUCUGGGGCAGCCGGGGGAAGUGCAGUUCCACAGAAUGCAGACGCUCAUGAUGGAAUGUUGGGACACUAAGCCAGAAAAGCGUCCAUUGGCCAUUUCUGUUGUAGGACAGAUGAAAGAUCCUACGUUUUCUACUUUCAUGUACCUGCUGUGUUGUGGGAAGCAGUCUUCCUUCUUUUCUUCCCAAGGCCAAGAAUACACUGUGGUAUUCUGGGAUGGGAAGGAAGACACCAGAAACUACACGGUGGUAAAUACAGAGAAAGGACUCAUAGAAGUGGAGAGAAUGAGCUGCCCAGGAAUGAAGUUAUGCUGCCAGUUAAAAGUUCAGAGUGCACUAUGGACUGCCACAGAGAACUCCUACCUGGUGCUGGCUGGACUGUCAGAUGGACUUGUGGCAGUUUUUUCAGUGGCACGCGGCCUCCCAGAGGACAGCUGCUCCUACUUGUGCUCACACACUGCGAAUAGGUCCAAGUUCAACAUCUUGGACAGUGACCCCCGGCAGAACCCCUACCCUGUGAAAGCCAUGGAAAUAACAAACAGCGGCGCCGAGGUCUGGUACAGCAAUGGCCCUGGGAUUCUCAUCAUAGACUGCGUGACCAUAGAUAUAAACAGGAGGCUGGAGCCCUACAACCCUCCAUCUGUGAUCACAUCUAUGGCGUGUAACUCGGAGUACCAUGGGGAGGAAGUGAUUUGGUGCCUGGAUGAUAAAACGAACUACCUGGUGAUGUACCAUACUGCAACCUAUCAGCUCUGCGCGCGGUACUUCUGUGGUGACUGCAGCCCUUUAAGAGACAUGUUUACAAUCCAGCAGCCUUCCGCAGGGAUCCCUGCUACAACAGCUGUACACAGGACGGUGCUUGAGAGUAACUCUCUGGCUGACAUGAGCAUUAUCUACAGCCCGGAGCUGGGCACACAAAUAUUAAACCAUCAGGACUCCCUCACAGACUAUUGCUCCGUGUCUUCUUACUCAUCCUCCCCUUCUAACAGAAUAACUAGGUCCUUCUCCAGUCUGCCGAGCUCUCCUGCAAGCUCAUCCAGCGCGCCUUUCUCCAUGGAUUGCGAGGAGUCCGACAAGUUUCAUGAACUGAUCCCUUCCCCAGACAGAUCUGAAAAUGAUGCUACACCAACAGAUGAGAACACGUCUCAUCUCCAAGCUGUAAAGAUUCUUCCAGUCAAAGACCUCAUCUGGAUCCCGAGGCGAGGUGGCGACAUCAUAGUUAUCGGGCUGGAGAAGGAAUGUGGCACGCAGCGCGGCAGAGUCAUUGCCGUAUUGAAGGCCGGAGAACUGGCUCCCUAUGGGGCGCUGGUCGAAGCUGCUAUCGUAGCAAGGGACACUGUUGUGUGCUGCUUUGAGAACAAAAACAUGGAAUGGUGCCUUGCUGUCUGGAGGAGCUGGGGUGCCCGAGAGUUUGACAUUUUCUACCAGUCCUAUGAAGAGCUGGGAAGGCUUGAAACCUGCAUGCGAAAAAGAAGGUAGUGCUUGUCGAAUUUAAAAUCCAGCAUCCAGGAAGGACGGACUACAGGGAACAGAAACGCCCGUCAGCAUUCCAGCCUGGGCACUUUUGUAUCCUUAGAAAAGGGUUUGGGUUGUGGGUUUUUUUUUCCCCCCCACAUUUGCUGCUAAGGAACACUGCAGGGCUCUUGCAGAAGCUAUCUCCCCUGCAGUGCAUUUGCCAGAGACGCAGAAGACCAAACUAGAUACCAUUCUGUUUGUUUCCUCCUUUCUUUUCAGCAGGGGAUAGAGAUGUAUUAAGUCCAGAAAGCGGGUGAUCUCUCAACAAUAUUGCUCUAAUGUGUACCACCCUCCCUAUCCCUCCACCCAUUUCCAUUCACUUCUCUCUUUUGAGCCUCCUUUCUUCCACUGUAAAUUCCCUCACAACCCCCACCCAUCGGGGCAGCUGCUGCUUAGGUCCUCAUCCAAAAGAGCUUUACUAACUACACAGAUAUGCAUCUCUCUCCCUCCGAGACUGAGCUUUUACACAGUACUCCUAUCACCUGCUGUCCCAAUGGGCAAUAAUCCUUCAGUGGCCAAUGUAUUUCCGAUCUGUAAAAGAUAUUGUGAUAGAGUUACUGUGAAAGACCCAAAGAUGAUGAUCUGCCAAUGAAUACUGCACAAUCUCAGUACAUUAAUGAGCUAUUUAAUUGCACAGUUGCAAAGUAAAUUGUACAUAGAUCGAAUUCAAAGCAAAACACGUCAGCAUUUCAGAUGCUUUACCAGUUGAAGGGAGUAAUUUAAUCAGCAGAACUUGGAAAUGGUCCUUGUCCCUCUGUUACUUUUCUCUGUAAAUACAUUUGGAAGUAAGCUCAGUUUACUGGUAUAUAAAAGUGUCUGUUAUUUUUUAGAUAGAGGUGCUUAUAUAGUUUAUUUUUCACAUCACUAAGGUCACACUGGACCCCGGAAAGCAUUGUACCCGGUGUACACACAAUCACAGUAUCAUAGCAUGUAUAGAAGAGUGUAAAAAGUGAAUCAACUCCUGAUGCGUGAAUGUGUACUGUGUAUUGAACUGUUUUUAUACUGAGAAACUGAUACUAAGUUUGAACAUAUAUGCAAGGCUGCUUGAUGUAGACUUAGCAGGUUACAUGUCAGAUUUACACUUUUACUGCAGGCUGUUAAAAUAACCAUCAGAAGCAAAAUGUAUCUCAAAAUAAACAGACUCCUCCAAGAAUUA